AGCGGUUCCGCGUGUUCUGCAGAUUCUGUGGAAAUAAGGAAGGAGGGGAAAUCUGGCACGAGUGGAGUUAAAUAUUCAGGAGUGAGUGUCAAUGAGUGGAGCCAGAGCGCGCGGGGGGGUGGGGGGACUCGUGAGUUUUUAUUGGGGAGGAUCGACUUCAGCCGAGGGGCUGAGAAAACACGCGUGGAGCGCACCGUCAUGUUGCAGCGCAGGCUUUUCCACGCAGCUCUCAGACACUUUUUCUCCGGGACUCAGCAGACCCACCAAAGUCUGCCAUGCGGGCUGCCCUGCGCGCUUCGGCCGGGACACGGGUUCGUCUGGCACCGGAGCAAAUCCACGGGACUCCCGGAUGUGAGGGAGCGGACUCUCAUUGCCGUAAAGCCGGACGGAGUUCAGCGUCGUCUUGUUGGGCAGAUAAUCCAGCGGUUCGAGCAGCGAGGUUUCAAGCUGGUCGGGCUGAAGAUGCUGCAGGCAUCUCAGGAUGUCCUGUCUGAGCACUACUGCGGCCUGAGGACAAAGCCUUUCUACAACAGCCUGCUGCGUUACAUGACCUCCGGACCCGUGGUUGUGAUGGUGUGGGAAGGGCACAACGUCGUUCAGACGUCUCGGACUAUGGUGGGACACACUAAUCCAGCCGAGGCGAUGGCAGGAACAGUCAGAGGGGAUUUCAGCAUGCAUGUCAGCAGGAACGUGGUCCAUGCCAGCGAUUCGGUGGAGGGGGCUCAGAAGGAGAUCCAGCUGUGGUUUCAAGCCAAAGACCUUGUGGACUGGGACUGCUGGGUCCAGACCAGCACCAGCGAGGUGUGAAGAUGGCGCCGAUGGAAGGAAGUGAGCGAUGGAUUUACCGCCUCUUUUCCUGCUGCUCAGUGGUCCGUCACGGUGUGACCGAAGGCGAUUGAAGAAACAUGAGCCAUAUUCAGUGAUCUAUCUCAGUGAUUUUACCUCAGAAGUGCACUCAAACAUAAAAAGCGUCUACGUUGUGUAAGAUUUUAGUUUUCAAGUUUCACUUGGAACAGCUCGCCUUUUAAUGACUUCUAAUCAACAUGUUUCUGACUAAUGGUUAAGUUACUUAAAGGUUUACUAUGCAUAGUUUUGAAUUAAGAGUAUAAAAGAUCCUGUGUAUUAUUUUUUUUUUUUCAUUAUUUUCAAGUUUGAGUUGCUCAUCCACAUGCAAUUUCUCUAUGUUUAAAGGAAAACAUUUAGUUUUGUCCCAUGUAGUGUGUGAAUGUGUAUUUGAUCAGUUGUCUGGCAAAGGCAUAUGAAAAGCAGUCAGUAUUGAGCAUGCGACUAACAUCGCCACAACGUCGCCUUUUUAACCAAUUUUUCUACAUCUCACAAAGUUUGUUUGGAAGCUAUGCACUAGAAAUACUGUCAACAGAGGAAAGAGUGGUUACCAAUGUCAAAAGAAAUUAAAUAAAGCCAGAAGUGUGUCUAAGUAGCCGCCAACGAUGAUUAAAAUCUUCUUUUUUGAGCAAAGUGACUGUCCAAGUUGCUGCAACCUACUGGUACGGCCAAAGCAAUGGAGCAUUUUUUUAUUUUAUUUUUUAUUUGCUGUCAUUUCUGUUUUCUCAUCUAGAUGAUGACAUAUCUUUUAGAGGGGAAAGCAUGAAUAACAAAAUAUGAUUAAGCUUCUGUGGGUCAAGGGCUUGUUUUUAUUUAAUCAUUCCUGCCUGUAAUGCUUUCAAAAAAGAAAAUGUUCCCACUUGCUGAUCACUGCAAAAAAGGACAUGCAGAAACAGUGACAUUCAACACUGGGGACAAAAUUAAGAACAUCAAUCUUUUCAUAGUGACUUUUGCUGUGUUGGAGGAGACGGGCUUGAAAAGUUGCAUUUACGCACAAUAAUUGCUCAUAUAUAACGUUACAUGCUGUUACCUGAGCAUUUUUCCAUAAUUCUAGCUUUGGCGGGACAUAUUUUAAUUGUUCACUGUUACCUGCUAGCUUAAAUAUUCCCCCGCAAUUGUGGAAUUUAUCUUAAUUUAUGCAUGUGUUUACUUGUCGUUCUACCUCUCUGAAAUAGCACACAGCGAUGGCACAUUUGUAAACGUUAUGCAUCAAAAUAUCUGAAAAAUAAAUGAGUAAUAAACGCAUGAAGCGGAUACCUCCUUUCUACCUGUGAUGAUAUGAAGAAGAAUCGGGGCAAGCUUGCAAAAUCAGAACAGGGGUCAUCUGAAAGUUCAGCUGAUGUGUACGCAGUAAAAAAAAGUUUGACCUCUGGUUAUUUGUGAAACUCUGGUGAAGCAACAUUGGGUUCACAUCAUGUUGGUUUACCUUUUUUUUUUCUGCUGUAACCGAACGGGUGUUUUUGCAUGUGUUGCCAUCGGCAGGGUCAAAACAUGUUUUAGGCCUCUUGAAGGACUGAUAACACUGACCUAGAAGUUCUGCUUGAACUGGGGAUCGAGAGGGUAAUGGGUCAGAGGGUUUACCAUGCUUCAACUAAACGAUACAGACGCAUAGACCCUGUGUUGUGGAGUGCCGAUGACAACAUUCUGAUUAUGUACUUUGCCUGUGUUGUAAACUAUAAUGAACAGAGAGUUCACUGCCUUGAACACAAUAGAAAAUCAACACUAAUGUUUUUUUUAAUGAGAUAUUUGUACAUUUAGAGUGAAACAACAUGUGGCUGUACAAAGUGACAAUAAAAAUGAAUGUGAAAUGAAA